UGCAACGACACGCUAUAAAUUUAUGAAACACCACCAGUGAGUAGCUAGAUCUCGGUGGAAAAAUAAAAUAAAAGAAAGAAAGGAAGAAAGAAAAGUAGGUAAGCAAGUGAUCAUGGAGAUGAACAGAAGGAGAUCAAGAGGGUUCAUGAUAGCUAAGCUAAUGCCCUUUUGCAAAUCUGUGAAACAUCUUACUCCUUCCCAAGACCUUUAUAACAACGUUCAUUACACUUCGUCCACUACGACUUCCUACGCUCCUCAACCUGACAUCAAUAACUUCGUAACUACCACUACACCUCUCCCUCCAAAAGUUAGCUUCCUCCUUCAACCAUCCUUGGCUCCUGAGGGUAAGGAUAUGGAAAAGAAGCUGAACGCGAUGGCAGAGAAGCUGAUCGGUAGGGGGGUUACUGGAGUGGACGAGUGCGUUGACGCUAGAGCCGCUACCUAUAUAUCUUCGGUUCGAGAAAGGUUUAAGCUGGACCAUUGUGAGAGACUGACGACUGUUAUUAACUUAGAUGAUGAAGAUUGACCAUGCAUUAGGAUUUAGGUGGGGUUAACCUAUAUAUAUAUAUGAUGAGUAAGUCAUAAUUGUUCUACGUUGCUUCAAGCCUUGAAGAUAUAAAAAAAAAUGUAAUAGUAAUAGGUUAGACAAUAAAUUUUAACAUUGAAAAUAAAAUUAUAUAAUAUGGUUAAAAUGGAUAUUCCGGGUGAAUAUUACCAUAAAAUUAGAAGGAAUUAAUUAAUAAUGUACUCCACAAGGAAAUCAAACAUCAAGAAAUGAGAGAGAAAGGGAACGUGAGGGAGAAGGUACGUAAGAUUAAGCUAAGCGGCGUAAAUGUGGAUGUGAAGGGCGAUUAG